GUGAAAAAGGCCCAAAGAGUUCCUGGUGUCCUAGAUGUUGGACAUAGAUGCACACCUGCUGUGCGUCCAUGUGCGAGUACAAAGGCAGCAAAGUGUGAUGUCCACACAAACAAGUCUUUGCAUUCAUGAAUGACGUAAUUCCUCAUAAGAAGUUGAUCCACGGUAAAUCCCGGCAGGUUGUUGUAUGCAGGACCAGCAGGAAGGACGCGAGACCAGCAGGGAGGACUCGGCCGAGGACACGAAGCAAAUCAAAAAAGCACAAGAAAAAGGAAAAGCAACAAAGUCAGCGACGGGACUCAAAGCAGGAAAACCGAUCCAGACUCCGGACUCUCCUUUGGAGAUCUUCAUCAUCUGUGCACAAGGAGUCUGCAGAUUCUUCCACACACCAAAAGACAACACUGACACAGGGGACAACAUGAGCACUGGAAGGUUCCCAAGUGGAGGCAGAGACAAGUACAGGCUGCACAUGGUGACGUGGAACGUGGCCACCGCGGAACCCCCCGAUGACGUCACCUCGCUGCUCCAACUGGACGUACAACCCCCCACCGACCUUUACGUGAUCGGGCUGCAGGAAGUGUGCGCCACGCCCGUCAGGUUCAUCUCAGACCUGAUGGCGGACGACUCGUGGAGUCACGUCUUCAUGGACACGCUGGCCCCGCGAGGAUUCGUCAAGGUGGCAUCAGUGAGGAUGCAAGGUUUGCUGUUGUUGGUCUUUGCCAAACAAGCCCACAUUCCUUACAUCCGAGACAUCCAGACCACCUUCACCCGCACCGGAAUCUUCGGCUACUGGGGCAACAAAGGUGCGGUGUCUGUGCGCUGUUCCUUCUACGGCCACAAGGUGUGCUUCCUCAACUGUCACCUGGCGGCGCACAUGAACUACGCCCUGCAGCGCGUCGACGAGUUCGAGCACAUCCUGGAGACGCAAGACUUUGACGUCGCCGACACGCCACGAGUGCUGGACCACAAGCUGGUCUUUUGGUUUGGAGACCUGAACUUUCGUAUCGCAGAUCACGGCUUGCACUUCCUGCGCUCGUCCAUCAACGGUGACCGUGUUAACCUGCUAUGGGACAAAGACCAGCUGAUCAGCAUGAAGAAGAAGGAGGCGUUCCUACAGGAGUUUGAGGAAGGGCCACUGAAUUUCAAGCCCACCUACAAGUUUGGUCGUAACUCUGACGCCUAUGACAUCAGCGCUCCAAAAUCAUGGUGGGCUUUUAAUGGCAAGAAAAGGAAGCCAGCCUGGACAGACCGCAUCUUGUGGCGCAUCAAACCCAAGAACGUGCCGUUGGACGACGACGACGACAAGGCGUCCGCCUCUACCGAGGACGACCUGGACGAGUACCCCCUAGUGGUCAGCCAGGACAAAUACACCAGCGACAUGAGCUACGGCGUCAGCGACCACAAGCCAGUCAUGGCCAGCUUCAGCUUGGAGCUGAGGAAACACUUUGACACCGCGCUGGUCCACGUGUCUCCGGAGGGUGUUUGGAGCGCCGACCACGAUGCUCUUCUCAACUACACGGUCCAGGAAGACUUCAUGUCCUCAACGUGGGACUGGAUCGGCCUCUACAAGGUGGGGUUCAAGAGUGCGAGCGACUACGAGACGUUCGUUUGGGUUCGUGAAGACGAGCUGCCGGAGACUGACGAAAUCAUCCAGGUAUCGGUGGAUAAAGACGACAUUCCUCUCCUGGGAGGACACUUUGUGUUAGGCUACUACAGCACAAACAUGCAAAGCAUCAUCGGCCUCAGCGCCAACUUCCAGAUCUUGGAAUCCAAGCGUGCCGUCAUGGAGGGCCUCGUUCCAGAGAACGCCAACGGACUCACCAAAUAAACAGCAACUCACUCCAGUGUCUUAUAUCAUUUCAUGCCUAAUGAAUUAUGACGUCACAUGAUUGCAGAUUUAGUUGAACACACACCUUCUUGUAACAAGUAGCCUUCCAGUAAAUCAUCAAAUAAAAAUGCCAAACUAAGUAAAAAGGUAGUGUUAGAUUGGUUUGGCCUCAGAUUUUCAUGGAUUUGAAUAAUGACAAUAUUAAAGAGAUGUUCACGAAAAAUCAUGAAAGAAUUAUGUUAACUAUACUUAAUGGUAAUUUCAGCAUAAAUUAAGUUAAUUUAGCCUUUCUAAUUUGCAUGUUAUUAGUCAAGUUGUGUGGCUGUUAAUGAACGUCUAAGAAUGCUGAAAAGUAUAUAUUUGGUAAAUGAUUAAACUGGAAAAAAUGGCUGUAAAAGUUA